GAGGAAACAUAGACACGCUCAGCUUCAGCGGGGACAGGUUCUGGUUCUGGUUCUGGUUCUGGUUCUGGAUCUGGACUGACAGCCACGGGUUCCGUUGGACCUGGGUUCUGGAUGACGGCUCGAGUUCAUUUUAUUUUGAAGGACUGGACCGGACCGGACCAGAGAUGCUGGCAGACACAGUUGGUGGUGCAGACCUUCUAAACUUUUUAACUGUGGAAUAGUUUGAGCUUUUAUUAUGAAAGAGUAGCAUUUCAGGGGAUUUAUUGACCUUUAUGAUUUAUUUUAUUUUGAAGGACUCAGCUGAAAUGUGAAACUUGUUGCUGUUUGUAUCGAUUUGAGUCUAGUGAAAUUCAAAUUAAUGGAUGAUUUGAUUUCAACUUAGAAAUAUGACAUGCUUUUAUUGUGAAAUAUGAUCAUUUUAAGUAGAUUAAUUAGGUUUAAUAUUAAUGUGUUUAUAGGAUUAAUAGAGAUGCUAAACAUUAAAAUUGAAAACUGAAAAUGAUUUUAUUCUGAAGAAAUGUAUAGAUUCUUUUACUUGUACUUAUUUCAAGCUUUUAUUGUGAAAUUCGGGAAUUUCAAAGGAUUUAUUGAGUUCAACAUUUGUUUUAUUUUGAAGGGAUCAGUUGAGAUGUGAAACUUGUUCUCAUUUGCAUCAAUUCAAGUCAUUUAAAAAUAGAAUGAAGGUUUUUUUUUGAUGCUGAGAAAUAAGUUAUGCUUUUCUUGUGAAUCAUGAUCAGUUUAAGCAAAUUAAUUAGGUUUCAUAGUAAUUUAUUAAUAAGUUAUGAGUUACAUGAAGAUUCUAAACGUUGAGUUGAUACAAACUGUUUUAUUAUGGAGACAUUUAUAUAUUCAAACAAAUUUUUAUCUUAAGCUUUUAUUGUGAAAAACCAACAUUCUAAGAGGUAUAAUUGUAUUGUAAAAAGGAGUAAAAGCCAUUAUUUUGAUUUCACAAGCACAGGAAAUGAAAAGUAUCUCAGAUUUCUGUCGUUUUGUGAUACUACCAGUUUGGUCUGAUUACGUAGAAGACGUUUGAGACUUUUUCUGUGAAAGAUCGAACUGUAGAUAAUGAGUAGGUUCAGACUUUGAAGAAUGUAAAACGAACUUUGGACUUUUACUGUGAAAGUCUGGUGACUUAUGGCGACAAGUUGGACCUUCUUAGAGGCUUUUAUUGUGAAAAUUGUAGUGUCCCUCAGUUGUGAUUUUUCCUGAACCGGAUCCAGUCGUUGGCCAAUCAGCUGUCAGGAUGAUCUCUUACGUGGAGUGUCUGGGCGGUGAGGGGGCGGGGCCUGGCGGGGCGUCUGGGUGCUGGAAUUCAGAGCCUGAUGAUGACCUCGAUGAGCUUCUUCCCCGUCAGUUUCCGGUUCUGCAGCCGAAGACGGAGGGCAGCCUUCGCCGCCGCCUACUCAGCGCCAAACUGCACCAGCACCACAACGCCAUCUACGGGACAAACGCAAACAUGCAGCAUCACCACGGCGCCAUCUACGGGAUGAACAACCGAGUGCAGCAGCACCGUGACGCCAAGCACCAAAUGAAGGACGCCAACAGGGGCAUCGAACCCCCCUCGUCUGAUAAGAAACCCCUCCUCCCUCAACAUCACAGCCCGUGGCUCCGCCCCCAACCCCUCCCACCUCAACAUCCCAACUCUUUGUCUUCUCAUGGGAAGUUGCUCCUCCCUCCAGAAACAUUUGGGAAAGCUCCGCCCCUUCAGAUUCCCAUCCUUGCUCAGCGGCGGCGGACCAGUUCGUUCCCCCCAAAACCAGAGCCCCGCCCCGGUUACACUGCGCCUGGCCCCUCCCCCCUUGGCGCCCCACCCUCAUUCAAGGAGCCAGAGGUGCCGCCACAGUACCGGUACCAGCCCAGCAGGAGGCGCCGAAAUGGAUUAUUCUGGUUCCGACGGCGACGAGGGAGGAGCUCCGUACCGGGAGCCACUCAAACCACGCCCCUUCUGCACAGAGCUGGGGACAGAGACGGGAAGUGGUCCGUUCACUACACUACCCAGAAGCCUCAGCAGGGCCUCUUCUUCAUCCCGGGACAGAAACGACCUGGCAGCAGCGACGACCUGCGAGCAUGGAACGGGUUACCUCAGCAUGGAUCCGGCAGCUCCCAGAGCCCCACCUUCUGCCCCCCGAGCUCCGCCUUCUGCUCACCGAGCCCCGCCUCCAACCAAUCAGACAGCAGCACACGCCGACGGUGGAGGGACAAAAGCAGGAAGAUGAGGUCCACGUUCAUGGACUUUGUCUCUCAGUCCUGCUUUUCAGUUUGUUUCAAGUUUUCAGUGUGGAGGAGAAAGUCCUCAACUUCCUCCGAUGAAGAUGAGCGGUUCUUCUUGAGCAACGCGCGACCCCUGACCCCUCUGGUCCUCAACCCGGUCCAACUCACUUCCUGCUGGGACGCCUUCCCUCCGGCGUAUGAGCCGACGGUCGACAUGGAGGAGGAGCCGACGCCUCGGCUGCCGACACCGGAGGAGAAGAUGAGGAGGCAGGCGGAGGCCGUUGCUGCCGACAUUGUCCCUAUAAAUGUGACAGGUGAAAGUUUUGAUCGCCAGGCCAGUUUUCGACGAACACUCUCCAACUGCGACUCAUUAUCUCGAAGACCUCGUAACCUUAGUCGCCGCAAGACCGUGACUGGGAUCCCAGAGGACGUUAGCAGGAAGUUGGACUCGUCCUCGUCCUCUGUGGUUCUUCCAGGCCAGUUCUCCACGGUGGGUCGGCCCGUCUCCGCCCACCACCCGCAUAAGACCAUGAAUAAGGAGGAGGUGGACCUGAAAGACAGGAGGAACGAGCUGUCGACUGGGAGACGGAUCCGAGCCCCUAAAGGAGAUGGGAUGUCCAGUCUCAUGGCAACCCUGACCUCCUGCCGCAACCGGUCCGCCUCCUCAGCCUCAGACGUCCACCAACUCCCCCGUUUGGACACCACCUCCUCUUUAAAUUCUGAGACCAGCUGUAACAGCGCCUCCUACCGGACGCUCAGCGCCUCCUCCUCCUCCUGCUGCCAGUUUCAGGAUCUGCCUGGAUUCUCCAGUGAUGUCCAACCUCUGUUCGUACCUCCAUCUCCGUCCUCCUCCAUCUCUUCGUUUCCCUCCUCCCCCGUCCCCAUGAGGUCUGAGUGGUCUUACCCUAGUGUCACCUCCCCUUCCUCCUCCCACUACCUCUCCUCGUCCUCCAUCACUGACUCAGAGUCUCACUUCGGAUACCGAGCCCUUGAGGACCGGACACCGUUGCAGCAGGAGACCCCCGAUGGCUUCUACAGCAAGGAGAGGUGGGGCAGCAUCUCCCAGGAGACGGGGUCUGUUUGUGACCCCCUUUUGUCAGGUCGCUCCUCCCCCUCCAACACUGACUGCGCCUCCUUAUGUUCGGAGGAAGUCUCCGCCACCCCCUACUCACUGAAGCUGGACCAAAACUCAAGAACUAUCACUCGCAGCAUCUCUCUGCGCAAGUCAAGGUGUCCUCCUCCACCACCGCUGCGUUCGGACUCUCUACGGCGGCGUCCAGGUCGUGGUAGAACCUCUCGCUCCUGUUCGAGCCCCCGCCUGGAGCGCACCACCCCACGGACCUCCACUCCAUCACCCCACAACUUUCAGGACCCCUGGGUUCCUCGGAGCACUACCAAAAGACGGCAGAGUGGGCUCAACUGUGGCACAGUCACGACCUUUGAACCUUUACAUCCAGAUGCACAGGAGGCCCCGCCUUCAGAGCCCCAGCUGACAAGCCCCGCCCACUCCCAGGUGUUUGCUCCUGGAUCUCCUGGUUUGGAGGAGGAGGGGCUGACGUUCACCCAACAGUCCGACGCCUCCUCUGGGCUGCAGCGCCUCGCCUCGCCCUCCAGCGGAUACUCCAGCCAGUCCAACACCCCCACCCCUGGCACUCCCGUGUCUUCCCCCCUGACCCCCUCCUCCCCGUUAACAUUCAGCCCAGGAGCCUUCAUACUCCUGCCUCCACCGCCGCCGCCACCACCUCCACCCACCACCUCAUCCCCUUCACGCUCCUUGUCUUCGUCCUCAGUGCGAAGGAGCAGGGCAGAUUCAUCUCUGGCCGAAGGGAGGUCAAAACCACCGGUGCCAGAGAGGAAGUCAUCGCUCCUCUCUUCCCUCUCCUCCUCUUUCUCCUCUACCUCCUCCCUCUCUUCCUGCACCUCCUCAGAGUCAUCAGCCAGACAUCCUCCGCCUCCUCCACCUCCUCCCUUACCAACACAAUGUCCUCCUGCUCCGGUUUACUCGCCUCCGCCACCUCCUCCAUCUUUCAACAGAUUCUCUGCUGCUCCUCCUCCUCCGCCAUCAUCUCUCCCUCCUCCACCGCCACCUCCUCCUCCUCUUCCUCCAUCCUCCCGGCCUCCUCCUCCCCCCUACUCCCAUGCCAUUAAACAGACCUCCCUUCAUUCCUCUCCACCAUCAACUGCCUCCUUUCCACUUCCCCUUUCAAAACGGCCACUUCCUCCUCUCCCUCCCCCUCCUCCUCCUCCUCCUCCUCCUCCUCCUUCUCCUCCCACUGCCUCCCCAACCCCCACUUCCAGGUCUCCAAGCAGUGUUAAAUUGGCCACGCCCACCAGCCCCCUGGUCACCGCCCAGGCCCUACAGGGGAUCAAACUUCGCUCAGUCAAGAACCAGGAUGAAGCUAAAAAUGCUAAUGCUAACCAUGAUCAACUGAGUGAAGAUGCUGAUCCGGACUGUGAAGUGCUAAAGCUAGCUACAACUGAAGCUAACACAUCAAAUGCUUUAAUCAUCAACCAACCUGAGGGUUCAGCUCAUGCUGAUCUUCAGGGCUUGCAAGACCAUACUGUUGUUGUUCAUCCACAUGAUGACACUAACGCAAACAAUGCAUUAAUUGCCAACCAACCUAAAUUUGAUCAUGAAACAAUGAAACAUGAAAUCAGUGCAAAUGAUGCUAGUUUUCUGAACCUACAGGACCAUAUUGAAGCUAAAACAGUCAGUUCUUUAAUUACCAGCCAACCUGAGUUGGAUCAUUCAUCGCACAAUCUGAUGAAACAUGACAUUAGCACAAGUGGUAAUUUAACUCUCACUAAUCUUCACAGCCUUCAAGAUGUUCUUGAGGCCCAUCAAGCUAAUGAAGCUAAUAUACAGAAUGAUUUAAACCAACCUGGACUUGAGUUAAAUAAUGCUAACGACAACCUGACUGAAGAGGCGAUUAGCACGUCCCCCUCUGCUAAUUUUCAGAAUCUUCAAGACCUCACUGCUGCUUGUCUAGACAAUCAUCCAGGCAAUGAAGCUCAAGUACCGAACACUUUAGUUUCUAAUCAACCUGGACUCAGUCACAAUUACUACAACCUGAUGAAUCAUGAAAUUUGCACAAAAUCUGAGAGUUUAGCUCAUGCUAAUUGCCACAAUCCACAAGACUGUCUUGCUGUUGCUUGUCCACACAAUGACGCUAACAUUCUAAGCACUUUAACUGCAAACCAACCUGGAUUUGAGUAUGCUAACCACAACCAGAUAAAAUGUGAAACAGUUGAUUCGACUCAUGCUAAUCUCCAGAACCUACAGGACCGUGCUCUUGUUUGUCCAGACAAUGAAAAUAAUGUAACCAAUGGUGAGUCAGCUCAUGCCAACCAUAACCUGAUGAGAUUUGAGGUUAGCACAUCCAGUGACGGUUCAGCUCAUGCUAAUGUCCAGUUCAGCUGUGAGACUCCUGAAGACGCCAAGGACAACAAACAAGACUGGGAAGACACAGACACGUAUGCAAUGCUAACAAACAGCGGAGUCUCCAGUCCUGAUGGUGUCUGGGUUAAAAUGUCUGAUGAAACUGAUGAGAGCAACCUGCACACAGAGAUCCAACAUCAACAGGUCGCCACGGUAACUGAACAGAAACCCCUUGACGCUGAGGAGUCGUACUGGACCCUCUCUGGAAAUAAACCGAUAGAAAGCAGAACAGAACCGUCAGAGGUCAAAGAGGACAAACGCUGCAGAGCUGGUGACGAUUCAACAUCUAUCAGGAUCUCAGAAAAACCCAAUAGUUCAUCUGAACCAUUUACCCCGAGAAAGAAACCUGUUCUGCCAAAGAAGCCUGACCUCGGUAUCCUGGGUCUCCUCAAAUCCCCAAAUAAGACGGUGUUGAAAACGGCUUCACCAGACAGAACUGGAACAGUCCCUGCGAAAGUCACAACACCGACUCCUUCACCUGCUGAAUCACCUCGCAGACAAAAACCACCGAUUUUGCACAAGAAACCAGAUCUGCCUAAAAAUACCAAACCCAAUGUGGUUUCUAAGGAACCAACCACUGGUAGAAACUGUGGUACCUCAAGGAUCUGGACUACAGCUGAGUCCUGCAGCACUUUAGGAACCUCAGCAACGUCCAGAAGCACCACGGCAGACUCUGGAAAAUCUGGGAUCAUCAGCGUAGAUGGUCUUAGGAACGACGAGCUUCAUAAGAGGGUAAUGAGGUCUUCACUCGCUGAAGAUGAAGAUGAGGAAGAAGAGAAGUUGACAGGGAUGAAAAUGACAAUGAUAACACCAAAUAAGAAAGACAAAGUGAGGAAGAGGAGGAAGAGGAGAGGCGGAAGGCACCUGCUGUUGAUGUCCUCACCCAUGCAGCCCUCGCCCUCCUCUUCAUCGUCAUCAUCCUCUUCAUCGUCUUCAUCAUCGUCAUCUGGAGAAGAACUGGACGUGGAGAAAACGGCACAAACCAGUCGGGGAACAAGGAUGAUGAAGGUGAACGUGGACGACAGCACAGACUCCGAGGGCUCCUGCGCUCUGAUUGGUCAGAGCAGGUCUUCCCUCAGCAGCGCACUGUCCACCGACAGCCUGCGGGGGGAGCUGUCGCUUCCAGAUCUCCUCAUACAGGAACCAGGGGAGGAAGCACAGAGGACGAAGGGGGGAGCUGGGGGAUCUCCAGAUGUGUUCAUCGGUGUUUCUGCCGAUCAGAUGUUUGUCUCCAGUCGACCUCGAACAACCGAAGACCUGUUCACCGUCAUCCACAGGUCAAAGCGGAAGAUGCUGGGAAGAAGAUAUUCAGAAGAAAACAGACUUCACACCUCCUCGUCCUCAGCGACCCCCACCGACCCCUCGCCUAGUCCCGCACGACCCCUCACCCCCCUGGGUCAAAGGUCAAUGAGUAGCGAGAGCUUCAAGGCCCUCCUCCUGAGGAAGGGUGGGCGGUCUGACUCGACUUCUCGGAUCUCGGCCGUGGAGAGACUUCGUAGAGUCGACCCCGUGACUUCGUCGCCCGACCCUUUGGACCCUCCCGCCAUUGACCCCAGUGAGACCCCGGACGACCCUGUUUCUCCAGACUUCUCCGUGAUGUUCAGGUGGAGGCGACGUGAUCCUCCACUCCUCUUCACCACCUCCUCUUCCUCACCGUUCAUCUUCCUCUCCUCUUCCUCCUUUCGACCUCGCUCCCUCACUCCUCCUUGCUCGUCCAGCCGACGCUUCGCCGCUCGCUGCCGCCUUUACGCCGCCCCGAUGACAGCCAUCUUGGAAGGGGAAGAAGAGGACGAGGAGGUCUUUGUGGAGCUUCCCGGACCUGGUUCAGGACUGAGGCGGACCCUGGUGCAGAUCACCUGAUGACCUGCCUCGACAGACUCUGUUUAACUGAAUGUAUUAAGCACACGUCUACAUCUGAAGGUUGGUGCUGGAGUGGACGCUCGCUCUGCUGUGAUUGGUCCAUUAGUGGACAGAAUCUGAACUGAACAACGUAAAGGAAAAAAAACCAACUCACCAAGAAAACAAUCUCAAAGUGGGAUGAUGAUUAAAACGAUGUCAAUAACAACAUCUGGACAUUUGAACUCUACACCCACAGAGCUCCACAUGCUCCACCCACUGAACCCCAGAUGCAGAAAACUGAGUCUGGACCUGGUUUUGGUUCCAGAAACAGAUGAAAUUCCCAACCAGUUCCAGAGUUCGACUUUGAGGAGUGCAGUGAACACCAGUGCACCUGAGCAAAACAACGUGUCAGAUGUUGAAAUGUUUUAGUUUUCUGCAUCGAGUCCCAGGUUCAGACUUAAACACAGUGUUCUUCACCUAAAACCACACAAAUACAAGACUUCAUGUCUUUAUUAAGUCAAGUCAAUUGUAUUUAUGAAGCACAUUUAAAAACAACAGAGUUUGACCAAAGUGUUGUACAGAUUCAAAGCAGGAAUAGAAUUAAACAGAUACAAAUAAAAUCUAGACAAGUAAAAUCAGAUCAAAUGAAGUAAAAUAAAUAAAAUACUAGAACUCAAACACUCACACAGUAACUGAACCCAUGGAUUUAGUAACUGGUCAGAAAUAAUUGGAAAUAACUUUAACCCUUUAAAACCUGACCUACAUAAUUCAAUUUUUUGGAAUUGAGAUGUGUAUUCAAGUUUAUGUUUAUAUCAUUUUGUUUCUGGUAUAUUUUCGUAUCACAUUUGAUACAUAAGGUGUUUUUAUGAAGCAGUAUCAAACCUGACACACACCGUUUUAACAUAACUGUACAAUAAAGGAUCAGUUAUCAAGUAACUAUGCAAUGUUUCAAUACAUGAAGUACUUAUUUUUAAAAAAUUAAUAACGAUAUAAAUGUUCUUUUUAAUGUAACUUUUUGAAAAUUACUAAAGAUUUUCCUGCAAAAAGUGUGGAUGAUUUAGCGAUGACAGCCAUAUUGAAAAGGGCAAAAAAAUAAAGCCCUUCCAGCGGCUGUAGUGGAAUAAUCCCACAAAUCUAUGCGUACAAAUGAAAAAAGAGAGUGUUAGCUGGUGUGUAGGUUCUGGUCUGAGGGUCUGUGUUUUUGUCUGUAUCUGUGUUUAGGUCCAAAUCCAAGUCGGGCAGAAAACUGGGAAAUUUGUCUCCACAGAUUUCACAGAACAUCUCCAUCCUCACCUUAGGUCAGCUGACAUCCCAUUGGGCCGGUGUAGGCGGGGCUUCACCUUCCUGUCAUGCUGUUAGGAUGAACCAGUCACAGCAGAGCGUUCGACCCCUCAGUCCAAUCCUGAUGAAUCACAAACUACAGGAGCCUGUAAAGGACAUGCAUGGAAUUAGUCCUGCUUUUGAUUUGUAGGUGUGAAUAAAAUAUAAACCAAACCAUGUAAUGAAACAGAUGAAUGUUUUUAACUGAGCUGCAGCUGAUGUUUUAGUUCUGAAUGAUGCUGAGGUUUCCAUGUGUUUGUAAGAGUCGGGGUUUCAUCCUGUUUUUUUAUUUUCUUCUUUCUGAGCUGAGAUCAUGUAUGAAUAAGGUGACGUCGACAUGUUUUUUUACUAAUCCUGUGGGAUAUACCUCUGUAAAUAACCCUGUUUCUCUCAUAUUUAUUGUCUUUUUGCUGCUACUCAUUUAUUUCUGUAGCUUCAGUAUCAGGUCGACUCUGAACGAACUAUAAAAGAAAGAAGAUCGACCUGAAAAACAUAAAAACACAAACAUAAACGAUGUAAGCAAUAAAUGACAAAGUCAACUCCUGA